AUGGCUGGCAAUAGCGAACCCUCGAUGGACAUCAUCGCCCAAUGCCUCUGCAAGGCGCAUACUUUCACGGCCUCCGUCCCACCAUCUUCUCUACCUCUGGAAGCAUCAUACUGCCACUGCAACUCGUGCAGACACGUCACCGGCGCCAUGUACAGCUGCGACGCGCCGUGGCCCGGCCCCCAGGAGACCGUCCUCAACUCAACUCUGGCCCAGUACCGCUUCACGCAGAACGUCACCGUCAUGUUCUGCGCCACAUGCUCGAGCCCCAUGUUCUUCCACGAGCAUCACAAAGACAGACCCGAAUCACUCGGCGUCUUCAUCGGCGUCCUCGCCAACCACCCCGUCGACAACUUUGUCAGGGUCGCGGACCACAUCUUUGUAGAGGACACCAUCGACGGCGGCGCCACUCCAUGGCUUAUGGAUAUCAAUGCCGACGGCACCCCGCCGAAAUUAUGGAAAGGACGUAUGAAUACUACUGAGGAGCUCGAGGCGCCCUGGCCUAGUGUUGAGACUCUCAUGAAAGCCGGGGACAAGACAGGGCCGGACUUGAUCCCCCUCCAAUGUCAUUGCAAGGGCGUGAAACUAGCUGUGCGACGCAUGGACAGCGAGUUCCUCAAAAUGAAGGUCUCGGGCAAGGACCUCCCCUGGUUCGUCGAUCCCGAAAAGCUCAAGCACAUGUGCGGCUUCGAUCCAUGCGACUCCUGCCGGCCCAUGUUCGGCGUCGACAUGGUCCACUGGACCUUUGUCCUCGCUCAGCAGGUAGAGUUUGCCGAGAACACAGGGAAGCCCUUCCCUACCGACACGCUCCAGCUCAAGGAGGCCAUCUCGGUCACUACCGACAGAGAUCCGCGGCUGGGCACCUUGUCCCUGUACGCGAGCUCGCCGGACGUGCAGCGGUACUUUUGCUCGCGCUGCUCGGCCUCGGUGUUCUACGCCGUCGACGACCGUCCGGAGCUGUUGGAUGUGGCGGUUGGCUUGCUCUGGGCGCCGGAGGGUGCGAGGGCAGAGAGCCUACUUGUCUGGGAGCUUGGAUCUGCGAUUGGUAAUGUUGGCGAUGUGCAAGGGGGCUGGAGAGAGAAGUAUGUCAAGGCGGUGCGACGAGGUGCAGAGAAGUGGAGGAUCCAGAGAGGGUAUCCCAAGUCCUGGAGGAGAAUCAAGGCGGAAAAGCAGAAGCCCGAGCUGCUUGAAGAUUUCAAAGAUCUACAGGUAUAA